AUGGUAUAUAACUUGACUUACGAUAAUUGGUGGGAAGCCAAAAUUCAGAUUGAUGAAACGGAAGAGGCUCAGAAAUGGGUAAAAGAAUCUGUAGAGUUUUUUAGCAACUGGGAAAAUAAUGUAGAAGACAACGACGGAGACUACAAUAAGGCAUUUCUACGAAACUUAUUCCCACAUCUUAUUGAAGAAUCUAUUAAUAAUAGCUUACAAGGGGUUAUUUGGAAGAUAACUGAUAAUUAUGAAGGUUUUCCAAAUUUAGAUGGCACAGAUGGCAUUACUUUAUUAGAAAUAGAUUCCUUUAGUUUUGACAGGGAUGAUUUAGAUAUAGAAAUUUCAAAAUAA